ACCACAACAUGAGGAACUGUAUUAAAGGGUCGCGGCAUUAGGAAGGUUGAGAACCACUGCACUAGAGCAAGGGAUGGAGGCUUUUCUCCUACUGAAUCCACUCCCAGGGUCAGCACCGGUGUGUGUCCCAGAGGAGCCAGUGAAUGGCGCUGGGCGGCAAAAGCUCUGCAGGUGUUGGGCUGCGAUGUGAGUGCGUGGAAGCUGCCGCCGUGGCCCUGAAUCAAGCUGGUGGCCCGCUGCACAGGCUCUGGGCUCAAAUCAACGGAUAUUCAAGUCCUGGUUCCAGCGCUGACGGUGCAGCUUUGGGCAGCUAACCUCACUCAUCAAGGCCCACUUUCCUCUUCUUCAAGAUGGGAAAGUAACCGUUGGGACUUUGUAGAGCCUCUCCAAGAGUUAGCACUAAACAGAUGUCUCCUGAACUCGAACUGGAGGAACACCAGCCCCGGCAUGUGGACAGUCCAGUUUGGCGAGCUGUCUGCCGCGCCGUCUAUCUGGAACCUGCAGGCCUACCGCAACCGUUACCAGGUGGAGGAGAUUGUGAUGAGCCCCAGGUAUCUGGGGGCGUCAGCCUUUGACAUUGCCAUGCUGAGGCUGGCCUCGCCUGUCACCUACACGAAGUACAUCCAGCCCAUCUGUGUCCUCGCCUCUUCCGAUGAGUUCCAGAACCGGAGUGACUGCUGGGUGACCGGCUGGGGGGACAUCCAAGAAAAUGAGGACCUGCCGGCUCCCUACAGCCUCCAGGAAGUGGAGGUCGGCAUCAUAAACACCAGCAUGUGCGACUUCAUGUACACGCAGCCUUCUUACCGCUACAACAUCUGGGGAGACAUGAUCUGCGCUGGCCAUGCUCAAGGCGGCAGGGACGCCUGCUUCGGUGACUCGGGCGGACCCUUGGCCUGUGAAAAGAAAGGGCUGUGGUAUCAGGUUGGAGUCGUGAGCUGGGGAGUGGGCUGUGGUCGGCCCAACCGGCCCGGUGUCUACACCAACGUCAGUACUCACUUCAAAUGGAUGCAGACGCUGAUAGCCAGCAGCAGCAUUCACAAGCCACCCGCCUGGCUGCUCCUCCUCCUUCUCCGGACUGCCCCGUUCCUGCAGCCAGCCUGA